AUGGGCAUAUUUGAUAAAAUCCGGAGCGUCGAAAAAUUGAACGAAGCCGAGCUGAAGAAUAUUGGAAACGAUCAAACAUCGUGGCACGAUCAGUAUAAGGACUCCAGUUACAUCUACAUAGCAGGCAACCUGGACAGCAGACUAACCGAAGGAGACAUCGUUAUCGUAUUUUCGCAGUUUGGCGAACCGAUAGACGUUAACCUCGUUCGCGACAAGGAGACAGGAAAAUCCAAGGGGUAUUGCUUCCUAGCGUAUGAGGACCAGCGCAGCACAGUGCUAGCGGUGGAUAACUUUAACGGAUACAAACUUCUGGACCGGCCUCUAGUCGUUGACCAUAUUUUAAAUUACAGGCUCCCCCAGCAAUAUGCCAACGACGAUGGAGAAAACGAAUACAAGCCAAGUGGCGCAGAGGGACAAGGAAUCGGCGUGUACAACGUUAUCGAGAGCGAAAUAAAUCUGACCAAAACGUUCGAUAAAAUACGGAAUAAACAGAGUCAGGAAAAACGGAAGAAACUGAUGGAUGAAGAUGAAUUGUGGGCCCUCAACUUUGAAAAAUCGUUAAACAAAAGGGAUGGCAAAGGAGAAAAAGAGAGUGAAGAUCGGCGGUCCACUUCAUCCCACAGCGUUGUAGAGAAAAGGAAGGGACGCCAUCGAGAGAAAUCCGUGUCGCCAAAAAGGUACAAACAGAGGGAAAGAAAAAAUGACGAUGAUAUGACCCACGUACGUGACAAGCAUAAGUCUCAUCGCAGGAAAGGGGGAAAAUCUCGCAAACGUGAGCGGCGCCCACAUAGCAGCGGCAGCAGCGGCCGUAGCAGCAGGCGCCGUGAUAGUAGAAAGGGAAAAAGGCGGCAUUAA